AUGUUGCGAAGACUAAUAGGAGUAGUUGCAGCUCGUAACAAUGUGCUGCCCACCAAUGUUGUCGAAACUGGCACUUGCUAUCGCCUUAAAACCACUAACAGCAAGAUAGACUAUUCAAAGUAUCCUAAAUUAAAUGAGGCCGAUUUAGAGGAAGACUUUAUGCGUGGCAGUGGACCAGGUGGACAAUCGGUGAAUAAAACUUCCAACUGUGUUUUCUUGCGACACAUACCAACAAACAUAACUAUUAAAUGUCACACGCAUCGACUGGCCUCUAAGAACCGCACUGAAGCACGUAAACUUUUACUAGAAAAGUUGGAUGCCCAUUACAAUGGAGAAAAUGCUGUGGCGGCACAAUUGAAAAUUCUUGAAUCUAAAAAAUCAACGGAACGCAAGCGUAGACAACAGAAAUUAAAUGAAAUGAAAAAGAAUUGGAAAGAACGAGAGCAAGCAGUUAGUGACACCGAUGAGAAGGCGUGAAACAGUGUUGUUGCUACUUUAGUUAAGGUAUAAAAAAUUGAGUUAAUUUGUUAACUUGUCGUUUAUAUAGCAAUUCUAAUCUUAUGAAUAAAACUAAGUCUACCAUGUAGAAAAA